AGCGCGCAGGAGGCUGACUGGGUGGGCUGGGGAAUCUGAAAGCAAACAUGGCGGCCGUGACGGUGGUUGUUGCGCUAGCAGCGGCCGAUACGGAGGGAGGCGGCGCAGCAGCAGCAGCAGCCGCCGCCACCGCCGGAGCUGGCCUGAGGAGCGCGUCCGAGUGAGCGGCGCGGCGGGCGGGCCCAGCUGCCUCUUCCCUCCCUUCGCCCCAGCCUGUCCUGCAGUGGCCGAGAUGGAGGCGGUGGUGGGGGCCGGGGAGGAGGGCGAGGAGCCUCCCAAAGAGGUCCGGAUUCUGGGUUCGGAGCCGGUGGAGAACUACACGGUAUAUAUCAUUCAAGUGAGUGUUGGGAGCCAUCACUGGAUAGUCAAACAUCGAUAUAGCGACUUCCAUGACUUACAUGAAAAGCUUGUUUCAGAGAAGAAGAUAGAUAAGAAUCUACUGCCUCCUAAGAAGAUUAUUGGCAAAAAUUCCAAAAGCUUGGUGGAAAAAAGACAGAAAGAAUUAGAAGUCUAUCUACAAACUCUCCUUGUUAAAUUUCCCUUAGCUGCACCCAAAGUAUUGUCACACUUCUUACACUUCCAUUUAUAUGAAAUUAUUGGGAUCACAGCUGCACUGGCUGAAGAACUCUUUCACAAAGGGGAGCAGUUGCUUAUGGCUGGAGAAGUCUUUACCAUUAGACCUUUGCAGUUAUACGCUAUUACUCAACAGUUGCGUCAGGGAAAACCUACGUGUGCAAAUGGCGAUGCCAAAACCGAUUUAGGUCACAUUCUGGAUUUCACGUGUAGACUCAAAUAUUUAAAGAUAAAUGGUGCAGGUGGAUCUUUUGGAACCAGUAACAUUCAGGAAUAUCUUCUGCCUUUUGACCUAUCGAUAUUUAAAUCCCUUCAUCAAAUACAGAUUAAUCACUGUGGAGCAAAGCUUGUUAAAGGGCUGACAGCUUCAAGGCAUACUUUAGCAACACUGAGUGUUCAGUUUUCAGCAACUUCAAUGAUGGAGGUCCUAGUGCCUGAGGCCUAUGAAUUUGACCAGUGGGAACCAGAGGGUGCACCUUCAAGUUGUCCUGUGACAGCCAUUAUUCCAACAUGGAAAACAUUGACAACCUUAGAUAUGAGUCACAAUAGCAUAUCUCAAAUUGAUGAUUCUGUGAAACUAAUGCCGAAGAUAGAGUUCUUGGAUUUGAGCCACAAUGAUGUACCACUAGUGGAGAACUUGCAGCAUCUUUACAAUCUCGUUCAUCUGGAUCUGUCAUACAAUAAACUUGUGACAUUAGAAGGCAUUCAUACAAAACUUGGGAACAUCAAAACUUUGAAUUUAGCGGGGAAUCUUCUAGAAAGGCUUUGCGGCCUUAACAAACUGUACUCCUUAGUCAACCUGGAUCUUAGCAACAACAAAAUAGAACAGAUUGAUGAAAUAAGGAAUCUAGGAGGCCUUCCAUGCUUAGAAAAAGUGGUCUUAUCCAACAACCCUCUGAGUAUUGUUCCUGAUUACAGGACCAAAGUACUAGCUCAGUUUGGUGACAGAGCCUCAGAGGUCUGUUUGGAUAAUACUAUCACCACUGAAAAGGAACUUGACACUGUAGAAGUGCUGAAGGCAAUCCAGAAAGCAAAAGAUGUUAAGUACAGAAUGAAUAACUCUGAUAAAAAGAUCACUGAAGAUUCCAAGUUUUCUGCUGCCAGUUCAAAAUCAAACUGUUCUUCUCUUACUGUACAUUCUUCCUCUCCUUCUCUGCCUCAUCCUGUCAGCUCCAGUCAAGGAAUAACUUGCAGAAAAACAGCCCUAGCCAGCAGUUUUUCAUCAAGUAGUUUGACUCCUAAAAGCCAUACAGUUACCCAAAGAUGCUCUGAAACACCAGAAGCAGGAAGCAGAAGUCAGGUACCUGCUUCAGAAUUGGACAUUUCUAAAGAAAACGAGAAUGCUCAUCACAUGUGCUUGGACCAGUCCAAGGAAGAACCUGAUGCCUUGCCUGACCCUUUUAAUACUGUUAUCCUACCUUUCACUUGUAUGUCGUACACUGCCACAAAUCAGGAUUUUGUGCAACAUCUCUCUGCCUUGAUAGCAGAGGCUAUGGAAAGUGCAGACCCUUUCAUGGUGGAAGUUCAAAAUACAGGGAGCCUUCUGAGUGAUUCCACAGUUACAGAUUCUGAAGACGGCUAUUUUGAAAUGGGACUUCAUGAAGGAGACCAUGUAUUAGAGUUCACCACUUCUUCAGAUAUUGUUGCAACAGCUUCUGACAGCACAAAAACCGAACAGGAUCACAUACUCAAAGUCCUCUGGAGUUUUUCUAUUCAGGUUCAUAAAGAAAUCAGGCAGUUUGCCUCCUGCUUGGUUUUGACCCAUAGUGUGGUAGCUGUAUUCGAGAUUCCUCAAGACUCCAAAGGAAACUGCCAACAUCUUUUUUCUGCCUUGAAACUAGCACUGUGUUUUCCAUAUUCUGAUCUUACAGAAUUUGGCUUUUUAAUACCAGAAAUAUGUCUGAUGCUGAAGUUAAAGAACAGUGACACCUGCUUAUUUGUUGUUUCAGAUUCUCAGAAUCUGCAAGAUUUUUAUUCCUGUUUACAUAGGUGGUGUUCUCAGUGCUGUGUGCCCACUUCAGCAAGUUCUGUACUGUACUGUGGCAAAGCAAGUUUGCAAGAAUUUGUUUACCAGCUGAUGGGAUUUUAUCACAUUUCAUCUGAAAACACAGAAAUAAAAGGCUGUUUCCCUGUGUAUCUUUUCUGUCAUGAUAAAGCCAAUGCUCAGAAAGCCACGUGUCAGCUAGAAAUAGCCAGUAGUGACAGAGCUUGUCCUAAAUACGUUGGUGGUUCUACACUUUAUUCAGGGUUUCCUAUAUCUGCUGAAGAGAGCCACUGUAUGUUCCAUCCCUGUUGGAUAUUUCUAACACCCCAGCACCUGCAUAUAGUGCAAGUUGACUUUAAUGCAUUGCCAGGUGAAUACAGAGAGACUAAGGAUGCACGGAGCGUAUUCAACCUGAGCAGGAUUCCACUGGCUUCCGUUCUUUUGCAUCCUGCCAGUCAUUCUAUGCAGCAGGAAGGUUCAUUUUCAGAUGGGCAUGUGCUGGAAUUACUUAUUGGCUACAAAUUCAUCACAGCCAUAUUUGUCCUACCUCAUGAGAAAUUCCAUUUUCUAAGAGUCUAUAGUCUUCUGAGGACACUUCUGCAAGACAUCAAGACUAUAAUUAUUUUCAAAGCUUCCAACAAUGUAGAAUCAGUCAGAAAAUCCCUCUCUGACUCCAAGAGGCUUGGCCAGACUGCAAGCUUUUCCAAGCCUCAUUUGCCAUUUUCAUCUCUCUAUCCAUCUGAAUUUCUGAUGCACAAGAUUACUGAAGAAAACCAGAUACCUGUGCACCUUCCAGUCUCUUCAUCUCUUCAGUACAUAGCUGGGCUAAAGGGGAAAGCCAUUAUGGAAUUUUUCCACUGCAGCAUUGCUGAGGUGGAGAAUGAAGAGCUGAGACAUCUCAUGUGGUCAUCUGUUUUGCUUUACAAAGUUCCUGAUGUGGAAGUCACAGCUUGUGUACUACUCUCAACUAAAGCUAUUUACUUUCUGUUGGAUGAUAAUGUGAUUCAUUCCAAUGAGCAUCAUUUGGAUUUUUGGAACAAGGGUCCAUUGGAACAUAAAUUCAGCUCUUUCCAUCUUUCUUGUUGCUUAGUUAUAAAAUUGAACGAUCUGCACUCUGUAAACAUUGGCCUUUUUGAUCAGUAUUUUCGACUUACUGGACAUUCAGCAGAGCAUAUACUAACUUGCCUAACCAGAGACAGUUACAGUACUCACGCCUUUAUUCAGCACCUCAUGGCAGUGCUCUCAUUACUUGCAAGGACACCAUCUCCAGAGCCAGUGGAUAAGGACUUCUAUUCCGAAUUCGGGGGGAAAAAUACAGGAAAAAUGGAAAACUAUGAACUGAUUCACUCCAGCAGAGUCAAGUUUAUAUAUCCCAACGAAGAAGAAAUUGGGGACCUUGCCUUUUUGGUAGCAGAGAAAAUGAACAGUGUGGUUAACUUCCAGUCUCUGAACAUACUCCUCUAUGUGUUGGCGUUUCAAGUGAAUGCUGCAGAAGGACAUGUUCAGCCCAGCAGCUCCCUACAACCUAAAACGCUGAUCUUAACCAGUUCAGAUUUGUUUCUCUUUGAUGAGGAUUACAUUGGUUACCCGCUACCUGAAUUUGCCAAGGAACCACCAAAGAAAGAUAAGUAUCAGCUUGUAGACGGGAGGAGGAUUCGUGAUUUAGAUCGAGUGCUCAUGGGCUAUCAGACAUACCCUCAGGCUCUCACGUUUGUUUUUGAUGAUGUUCAGAAUUUAGAUCUCAUGCAGAACCUGACCCUUGAUCACUUUGGCAACGUUGUCAGUUUUCCAAAAGGGCAGGCAGCACAGGAGGUCAGCAGCAAUCGAGAGAUCCUGUGGUGUGUCUUUAUCCCAAGUGCAGAAAGUCGUGAGAAGCUAAUCUCACUACUUGCUAGGCAGUGGGAGAUCUUAUGCGGCCGAGAGCUGCCUUUGGAGCUCACUGGGUAGUUUUGUUUACAAUAUUAUUUUAAAAUGUAUAUUUUGUCAAUUAUUGCAGAGCUAAAAGGUUGGUUGGAAGUUUAUGAAUUAAAGCACAGUAUUGAAUUAAGCAGGGAUUGGCAUUCUCUUCACAGCAAAAUAAUGUGGCAUUGAAGCUUGCCUGUGUAUCACCAUUAUAGUUCCUUGUGCAGUGAAGAGGUUUUUUUAAUAGUAUAGUAUAAUCCACUAAUGAGUUAAACUGGAAUUUUUUAAACUCUAUUUUUAUGUAACAGUAUAUAUUCAGGAUUCCUAAUUAAGCAUCCCAGGCAACUGUAUGGAAGAAAAAGGAGUCAAAGUAAACAAAAUUUCAUUUAGGGCUGUUGCGUUUCCACUGUGUUUUUGUAAAUAUAUAUAUAUAUUUCAGUCUUGCUAUUCUAUACAUAAAAUGUGUAAAUAAUGGUAAAAGAUGCUUGAGCUAUGUCAAAGUGCAAUGUUCUUUGUACAAGAUGUAUUUUAUUGCCUAUGCUGCUAACAAUUAUUUAAUGAUCCUUCAGAUAAUUUGUACAUUUGUCUUUUUAUGAUAUGUCAAAUUGAAUUUUGUUUGUUAUGAAUGUGUGUGAUGGCAAAAUUCACCCUUUAAUCAAAUGCUGCUUUUGCAUCUGACAAACACUUUUAAUGGUUGGGAAUGUUACCAAUUUCAUUUUAUCAUCACAGACAUGAAGACUGGACAGGAUUGAUAAGAGUGCCCUUGUUGCUGGCAAAUAAUGGUGCAUUUGUAUUUCAGAACACUGUUUCUGUUGCCAGUUUUCUCAGUACAAAUAAAAUGACAUU